CUCAGCUCGGCCAAUCAGGCGUGUCGGUGGGGGCAGGGCAAAGCAAAAGCACCAUUCCUGUGUCUCUGCUGCAUCUCCCCAGAGCUAACAGGGAGCUAGCAGAUCAGAGGGAGGAGACACGCUCAGACCAGCCUCUGUGUGUGUUCGUGGGGUUUUAUGUGUGUUUGUGUGUGAGUGUGUGUGCCCUUCGCAGACUAGCAGGCACGGCCACAGUGCUACACUCCUUUUUCACCAGGCUUCUUCUCGUUAACCUUGCCUAGCUCAGCUUCAGGCCUGCUUCUUCUUCCUCUGUUCAGGAUACAGAGGGGUCAGCGAGGGGGAGACAGAAACCCGUUUACUCUGAAAACACCUCGUAGUUUGUGUGACAGCUCCAGGCAGGAUGAUAGCCGCUCAGCUUCUGGCCUACUACUUCACCGAGUUGAAGGAUGAUCAACUCAAAAAGAUUGAUAAGUACCUGUACUCCAUGCGGUUCUCCGAUGACACGGUGAAGGACAUCAUGAACCGCUUCAGGAGGGAGAUGGAGAACGGGCUCGGCCGGGACACCAGCCCCACCGCCACCGUAAAGAUGCUGCCCACCUUCGUACGCUCCAUCCCUGACGGAUCAGAGAAGGGGGACUUCAUCGCUCUGGAUCUCGGAGGCUCUAACUUCCGGAUCCUGAGGGUCAAAGUGACUCAGGACAAGAAGCAGCCGGUGCAGAUGGAGAGCCAGGUCUACGAGACUCCUGAUGACAUCAUCCACGGCAACGGGACGCGG